UGGAUGUCAAAGUAAAUUCUCGAAUUGUAACAGUUCGAGGUCCUCGUGGUCUGCUGAGAAAAAGUUUCCGCCAUGCACAAGUUGAUAUGCAGGUUAUUGGCAAAGAUAAGAUUGUAAUUCAGAAAUGGUUUGGAAUAAGGAAAGAAUUGGCCACUGUACGAACAGUUUGUUCUCAUAUUGAAAAUAUGAUUAAAGGUGUUACUGUGGGUUAUCAAUACAAAAUGAGAUCAGUGUAUGCUCAUUUCCCAAUCAAUGUUACAACGUCUAAAGAUGGAUCAAUGGUUGAAAUUAGAAAUUUCUUGGGUGAGAAAAUUGUAAGAAGAGUGGAAAUGCAACCUGGUGUAACUUGUCAAAAUUCUUCCCAGCAAAAAGAUGAAUUAAUUCUUCAAGGAAAUGAUAUUGAAUUAGUUUCUCGAUCAGCGGCAUUGAUCCAUCAAUCCACACUAGUGAAGAAAAAAGACAUAAGAAAAUUUUUAGAUGGUAUUUAUGUGUCAGAAAAAACUACUGUUGUUCAAGCUGAAAAUUAAAUAAAAUAGUUUGAAAAACUUAA